AUGGCGGCGGCGCAAGACGGGUGUCUGACGCAUCCAUCGCCACGAGCCUCGCGACCGCGGUCGUGGCACACCUGGUGGCGGCUCUCGGGGCCGUCUCUACGGCGCUCGACGCCGUGUGAGGUCGGACUCGCCAGCGGCCGCAACUCCGCCGCCGUCGCUCCGCCGGCUCUGACCGAGUAUCGGGCGUUGAUGGCGGCGGCGCAAAGUGGGUCUGGCGCAUCCAUCGCCACGAGCCUCGCGACCGCGGUCGUGGCACACCUGGCGGCGGCUCUCGGGGCCGUCUCUACGGCGCUCGACGCCGUGUGA